UGGGGCACGCUUGUGUAGUUCUGCCCUAUGCGUGUAUAUGUACGUGCGUAAGAGCGCCCACAGCCGCCAGUCCGUUCGAUGUCGGUUCCUCGUCGCCCAGGUGAGCAAACUGUAAACAAUAUGGCUACGAGUGGCGAUACUCAUGCUGGGCGCGAUCUACCUGUCCGUGCCUCUCGAUUAACAUCGUCUACACAACCAGCAUUCCUUACAGGUGCAAACAGAGACAUACAGUCAUUGAAUACAGAUUCUUUUCUCAUUCCAUCAAAGCAAAUAAUGAGGUCAAAUGAUGCCAGCAGAAAUCAGAAUGGUAGAGAUACUCCGAGUAAUUCUCUCUCAAACAGCCAACAACAGUCAUUCAGCUCUUUGGAAGCAGCUCUGCAGGGUCAAGUUUCCCUGCAGUCACGAAGAAUGUCAGAUAGUUACCUCAUUAAACCUCCAAUGACCACAAAAGGAUCCAGACGUGACCACCCACAGCGACCGACCCCACCAUCAUCAGGAUACUGUUCGACUGGUUUAACAUCACAGUUAGACAUUUCUGAAAAUCCCCAUCAAGAUGAUUUCCUGAUUAAUGUCACCCGACCAAAGUCUUCCUCCCUGUCCAGAUAUAAACCACUGCCAGCCAUAAAGCCAAAGUUUACGACGCCAACACCUAGAGAUAUCCAUGUUAUACCAACUGACACCUCAGACACAACAGUGGACAUGGAUUCUUGUCAAGUCAAAGAUACAGAAUUCUUUGAGUUCUAUAGAAGCAAAAACAAACAUUUUGAUACAGUUCUCAAUCAGUCAGCAUCUCCAAGAAGUUUGCCAUUAAACCUCCGUUUCGAAGAGAAUGAUGGUUUAUCUUCAGACACUGAACCUGAUGAAAAAACUUCCAAUACUUUGGUGGUAGCACCAGAAUGUGUUGGGCAAAAUAUUCUAUUGGCAGUAAAAUUACCCAACAGUCAGCGAAUUCAGAAAUGUUUCCAUCCAGAUGAAACUUUCCGAGCAGUGCGUCAGUUUGCCGAACAUGAGAGCGGUGAGAAUUUGUCCGACUAUCAGUUGGUUUGUAACAUGCCUCGGGUCCUACUUGAUUUGGACACCACAAUACGGGACAACGGACUUUUAGACAAAACAUUGCUGCAUUUAGAACAUUCUGGAACAUUCAGAGAUCAUAAACUACAACAUUGAAUGGUUUCACUUGGCGAGGUUUAAAUAAACGUCCUAUACCAGACCUGGCUUUUAGUUCAGAAUGGAUGAAGAGGAAUGACAAGUCAUGCUAUAGCUAAUAAUGGUGACCAAUAAGCCAUGAGCAAGACGUGGCCAAAGAUGACCAAGCAGACAGUUUCUAGGAAGCUUUGAAACAAUGAAAUCUUUUGGCAGAGUCCAGGCUUUGCUUGUCUACAUUUGUGACUUUUUAAUUAGUAAUUUAAAACAAGUAAAAUAAUUCAGAAUUCUGUGAAUUCCAAAGAAUUUUAAAAGAAACAAAAGAAAAAUAUUAAAAUAUGAUUGUAUUUUGAAGAAUUCUUGAUAUUUCCAACAACUUUAGAAAAAUAUGGAAAUAAUCUGCCUUAUCUGCUCACAAUUUUCAGUUUUUGUAGCUUUAUUCUGGAAUAAAUCAGGAUUAAUUCUAAAGUCGUCAGGAAUAACCAUUUUACAAAGAUUUUACUGAAGUGGGCACUGAACAAUUUAUUUUCCUUUCACCCAAAACUUGACAAAGACCAAUCUUUCUUUAGACAUUACACCUCCUGCUUUGACAGGAAUAUUUUUUUCAACAGAAAAUUCUGAAUAAAGUUUGUCUAACCACCAAAAACGUCUCCACACUCGAGAACAUAUUUCAAUAUACCUGAAGUUGGUACUUCAUAUUAAAAG